AUGCAAGUAAUUCGUGUUGCCAUCAAUCUUGCAUCUUUUCCAGGAUCGAGAAAUAAGAGCUAUCCAGUGAUACCGCAAGAACAAGAUGUCUUGGUAAAAUGGAUAAUGCCUAUAAGACAUUUCCCACUCAUCGCAGGAGGAAUUGGCUGCAUUCAUUGGUUGCGGGGUCUUUUGAGAACAUUUUUUGGUUGUUUACAUCUUCCGGUUCAACUUCUUAGUCUACCAAGAAGGAUUAUCAGUGCUGCCGUCUCCAUGGACAAUCCAAUUGCCGAGAUUAAGGACGUUGUGCGAUCCAUAACUGAACCCUACGAAGCAACUACCCUAGCCAAAAAUGUGGAAAAGUACUUUACUGCUGAUGCAUAUAUCCUUCACCCAGCAUUCAAUCAACCGCAUACAGUAAAUGGAAGGGACGAUCUAGUUGGUAUCUACAAAAUGCUGUGCGCGUAUCUGAGAAAAUGUAGCGAUGGCAAGUAUCGGAUCUGGAGGCAGCACGAUAACUUAGCCACUGAUCUGGCCAUGAGUGGAGUUAGCGAUGAUAUACCGGGUUUGUCUUUUGUGAGCAAUGUGAUUAAAAGCACUCUAGGCGUGAUCACAGGAAAACUUGGAAGGUUUUUGCUCAGUCGCGGGUGGUUGGGUCCAUGA